AUGGAGCCGGAAAUAAUCGAUCUCACGUUGCCCAGCCCCCUUCCAGUAGUCGUCGACCUUGCAACAGAAGACGAUGUUGUUGGCGUAACCGCGAUGAGGUCGGACAGCAAAGUGGAAGGUAAGAAAAAGCCGCGACGCGCGAAACGGAAGCGAGGUGCGCCGGAAGACGGAGAGAUUGUGGAGAGCUCUGUGCAGGUUUCGCGGGAGCCGUCGCGCGAGAGAACGUCUAGCACGAGCCAGCCCGGAGAAGAUCAGCGUGCGCCGAAGACUAACGAGAGACCUCAAUCAGAGAAGGGCAAAGAUAAGCGGAAAGAGGGGGUGCAGAACAGCAAGUCGUUAUUGGAUAGACUUUCGAGUCCUCGUGCGAAGAGCAAGAAUGAAACCCAAUGGGACGAAGAUGGACAGAGGGAGAAGGAUAGUACACGAAGACGGCGGAAAUCUAGGUCGCCAGACACGAGACGAGAGCGCGAGCGAGAUGGUCGGCGACGAGAGCGCUCUCCCGCGCCGCGGCGGCGCAACAUGGCUCCUCCCAGUUCAAAACGCGAGAACGAAAACGCGCCUAUCUUCUAUAUCGACGUGCAGAAGACCGAGAUGUCAGGAUCCUUAACAAAGACGACUACGAGCAUCGCGUAUUCCGAGAAAGAAAAUGAGAGGACACAAGUGGAUCCACCUGUAUUAAUUCUCCCCUCACAUGUCUCCGUAUUCAGUGGAAACGGUGUAGAUCCAGUCCAGAUUUUGUCUCCACCCCACGAGGAGGGAGAUGAGGAGGACAACUACAUUGAGUACCUGGAUUACGAUGAUGAUCGUCGAGCACCAGGGAUGAUUCGGUAUUUCGAAACAGUCCAAGAGGGCGAUAAGCUAUCAAAACCCAAAACGAUUGUCUGUAAGAACUGCGGCGCGGAAGGAGACCACAAAACCUACGAAUGUCCCGUACUGAUUUGCUUGACAUGUGGUGCCCGCGAUGAGCAUUCGACCCGAAGUUGUCCCAUAAGCAAAACGUGCUUCAAUUGCGGUAUGAAGGGGCAUAUUAACAAAGAUUGUCCGAACCGCCAUUCGGGUAGGAAUUCUGCGAACUACUUCAACGACUGUGAUCGAUGUGGCGCUCGGUCACAUACAUCUGAUGAAUGUCCCACUCUUUGGCGGCUGUACGAGUAUGUCGAUGAUACCGAGCGCCAGAACAUACUGCAAACUCGGGAGGCGAAGCAGACACUAGCUUUGGGUAAAGGUGGCGAAGGCUAUAUUGCGUCCGAUGAGUGGUGCUAUAAUUGUGGCGGGUGUGGUCAUCUCGGCGAUGACUGCAAAGACAUCUCGCCUGUACCUGAUCUACCGCCGGAGCCGUCCGCCUUCAGUGCCUAUAAUGUCCUCGCUGGUCCAUUCGCCGAUCUCUCCACACUUUCCUCAUCGCGGUCAAGCAACAAACGCCCACCACGAGACUGGGAGGUAGCCAGCGCGUUUGCCGACGGAUGGGGCUCGAAUAUGCCUAUGGAGGUCGGAAAGCAGGGGCGUCGCAAGCAGCGUGCGAAGCUAGAGAAGCGUGCGCGCGAAAUUGAGGAUGCGGAGGACGAUCCGGACGACUGGUUCGGAGGACGGACAUCCGGUCGAGGAAAGAAACGAGACAGCGAUUCGAGGGGCGGCGGGAGCAAGAAUCCAUACAAAGGAAAGAUCAGUUUUGGGGCGUCGGUCGUGCAUCCUGGACGGCGAGACGAUCGAGAUGAGCGGCGACGGGGGGACGGACGUAAGCGGGUGUCUUACGACGACCUUCCUGGUCCCGCGCAGGAGACGGAUUCUUUUCAGGUACGAGGAGCUGCUCGGCGGCAGAGUGAAGGAGAUCGCGGCGAUAGACAUCGCGAGUCAAGACGAGAUCGCGAUUCUUCGUAUCGGCGCGAUGAGCGUGGUCCGCGGUACAAAGGAGGGUAUGCACGGUGA